GAGAGUUCUGUUUCCCAGCUGUUAUUAGUGGACUCACAGACAUGUUAAAGGAUGAGGACUCAAACAUCAGAGCAAUAGCCACAAUAGCCCUGGCCAAGUCAGGUAAUACAAACAUCAGAGCAAUAGCCACAAUAGCCCUGGCCAGGUCAGGUAAUACAACCAUCCGAGCAGUAGUCACAAUAGCCCUGGCCAAGUCAGGUAAUACAACCAUCAGAGCAAUAGUCCUGGCCAAGUCAGGUAAUACAACCAUCAGAGCAAUAGCCACAAUAGCCCUGGCCAAGUCAGGUAAUACAACCAUCAGAGCAAUAGCCACAAUAGCCCUGGCCAAGUCAGCCCUGGCCAAGUCAGGUAAUACAACCAUCAGAGCAAUAGUCACAAUAGCCCUGGCCAAGUCAGGUAAUAUAACCAUCACAGCAAUAGCCACAAUAGCCCUGGCCAAGUCAGGUAAUACAACCAUCAGAGCAAUAGCCACAAUAGCCCUGGCCAAGUCAGGGAGAGCCCAGAAGACGACUGUGGAGAAGAUAAUUGGGAUGUUAGAAAAUGUUGACAGACUGGUCAGAGAGAGUGCCUGUCUCGCUCUGGGAUACCUAAAGGCAGGGGGCAGAAGUGAACAAGCAGUUGCCGAUCGAUGGAGGAAUGAUCCAAUUAAAUCUGUGAGGGAGGCAGCAGAAAUAGCACUGAAGAGAAUGGGAGGAGACUUGGCCAAAAAGUGUAUCCACAUCACAGAUGUUCUGUCCUCAGAAAUGCAGUUCCUAAAAACCCCCAUAUCCUAAUGGUCUACAUGUAUCAAUAGGGCAAUAUCUACAUUUCUUUUUCAACUGUUUUACUAAAUUAUCCUAUAAUUUAUAGUCAGCUCUUACUAUGAAACUUCAUUUGUAGCAACUUGAGUGCUACUGGGGCUUUACAAUGUUUUAAGGAAAGUAGUCGGCAUUAUACAGCAUCUUGUAAAGAAGACAUGUAAAAGUUUCAAAAGACAUUUUAGAUUGGAAUUUUUUUUUAACCAUCUUGUAUUUAUAUUAUUUCAAUCUGUCUUCAGGGGUUGGGUCUGUUUUUAUACAGCCAUAAUAAGCAGUGGGAGUGAAAGCAUGCAAUAUUCUUAUUCUUUUGUCUUUUUUUAAGAGUAUAUUUUUCCAUAAUUGCCUC